CAUUUCCUGUCCAGGGUGGUGGAAUUGUGCAACCGGACUAGAAGCUGAGGUGCUGACAAUGGGGAGCGCCGGGAGGAGGAGAUGCUGAGCCCCCCGCAGCGGACAUGAGCUGCCCCUCACCUUCUGCCACCUGGACGAGCCCGGAGAAGGCUAUGAGCGCAAAUGAGCCAGGCGCCCCUGUCUCUGUGGCUCGAGAUACGCAAAGACAUGAAGCUAAACGAGAGGAACUUGGUGUAUUAUGCCACGUGCAACUCGCCAAUAGACAAAAGUGGCUUCCUGUCUAAGAAGGGGGAACGCAACGCGUCGUACCACAGACGUUGGUUUGUCCUGAAGGGCAACAUGCUCUUUUACUAUGAAACUCAGGAAAGUAAAGAACCAGUAGGUGUUAUUAUACUGGAGGGAUGUCGGGUGGAACUGUGCGAGUCUUCAGAAGAGUAUGCCUUUGCAAUUAGAUUUGGCUACUCCAAAUCCCGUGCCUAUAUUCUUGCUGCUGAUAGUCAUAGUACUAUGGAAUCCUGGGUAAAGGCUCUUUCCAGGGCAAACUUUGAAUACAUUAGGCUUGUGGUUAAAGAACUUCAACAGCAGGUCAUGGAAAUGCGUAAAUCCCAGGGCUCUUUUAGUGGGACAUGUGCUUCUACAGAUACAAGUCUUAGUCUUAACCAGCCGGCUUUGCCUUACAUAGAAGAUAAGUUGGUUUUAAAGGAUAAUGGUUUUGCUCCAUGGAGUAACAGUACAGCUGACUUGCCAAAUGGCUUUGCCUAUACCAAUGGGCCACACUACAAAGAUUCAGCGUGGCUGUUGGGGGGACACUCUGGAAACCAGUCUUUGGCAUCUGAUCAAACUCAGCAAGCUAGUGCAAAUGAACCACGUGUCUGUACUGAGGCGGCUGAAGACCGGUACAGCUUUGCAAAACUUCAUGAUUUUUUUGGGGAAGAAAUUAAAAGUCUCAGAGCACAAUGGACUAAAAGUCUCUAUGAAAAUGUAAAGAGUGGAUUGGAAGAUCCUGAAUAAUGGCUGCACCUAUCAUGACAAGACAUUAAAAAUAAAAUAAUAGUUUUAGGAUGUCUUUGAUCCUCACAAGGAGCAGUUACAUUUACUGCCACAAUCGAGAGCUCAUUGCUCUUAUUUUUUAGCUUUUAAAAAUUUUUUUUUAAAGUAAAUAUAUAUAUAUAUGCAAAUAGUCGACACAGCAGACAGUGAAAGGAUCUGGGCUGCUGAAGCACUACAGCAGAAAUCUGUGAUUGUUACAUUUCACAAUGUCCUGAACUUUAGUAGCGUUUUCACGAAUAAGUCAAUGGCUUUUUAUAUUUAAUGUAUUGCUUAUAUAGUUAGUGAAAUUUGCACUCUAUGAGCACAUCACUUUAAUAUCUAUUAUCAUGGUGUAUGAGCUUCAGUUCACUCUAGACUGUUUUAACUAUAGAAUAUAUCAGGGUUGGACAAAGUCCAGGAGCCAGAAAUUUGUGGACAAGCAACACCUAUGUAUAGAUAUGUGGAUCACUGGUGCAGGUCACCUGGUACACUUGGUCCAUCUCACCCACACUACUAUGUGCUGUUCCUAAAGAGAGUCUGUGACUGCUCUAGGUCAACAUAAAUCUGAUGAACAUUAAAGGGGUACUCUGGCCUGAAGACUUCUUAUCCCCUAUCCAAAGCCCGCCGCUGGGGACCCCCGCAAUCUUUCAUGCAGCACCCCGCUAUCAUCAGCCGCCACACCCCCUCCCAUAGCCUUGCAUUGAGGGGUGGAGCGUGACAUCACACAGGGGCUGAGCUGUGAUGUCACAAUACUCCGGCCCCAUGAUCGUGAUUCAUCAGACUCUGAGCGAUGUUCCCUCCGGAGGUUGAUGAUACUGGGGUGCUGCAUGAAAGAUUGCGGGGGUCCCCAGCGGCCGAUAGGGGAUAAGAUGUCUUAGGGCCGGAGUACCCCUUUAAUGUUGAUCAGAUUUAUGUUGAACUAGAGCAUUCACAGACCCUCUUUAGGAGCAGCACAUCCUUUGGAUAGUGGAUAAGAUGUCUUAGGGCCGGAGUACCCCUUUAAAGAAAUCAUCGCUUUAUAUCUACAUUGUUCAGGAGCCAGGUGUCUGAUGCACCUUGAAAUUUUGCCACUGACACUUUUGGUUAUUAUAAAAGAAGUUGUCCAGGGAAUACUUUUUAAACUAAAAUGUGGGCAGGAGGGGGUUAAAAAAAAAUAGACAUAUGCUCCACUCCCCACUGAAGGUCUAAGCCAGCACUUGUCUCAAAUGCUUUGUUUUUGUUAUCUGUGACAUCUAAAAUUUCUUCAGAAAGAUCUGAUUCACAGUAAACUGUUGUUAUUUUUAGGUUUUCAGUGCUGAAGUUAGUUCUGUAUUCUGAAAAUAACUUGAAGAAGGUUUCUGUAAAUAUCGGUACCCCCUUUGCCAACAGUGGCAGAAUGGCAGGUCUGUGCCAAGGAAUCUGCCUGCCAGCUGUCUCUUUGCUCACUUUAACGUCUGUCGUUGACAGAUGACUUUCAAUGAUAUCUCUACUGACAGCUAUAAGGUUCUCCUAGAAAUCCUGAUUACGGCAUUUUGGCCUUAGGCCAUUUUCAUUGCACACUGCUCUGUUUUACUGUGCAAGAUCUGGGUGUUGCUCCCAUAACAAUACAGUCAUUACUUCUAUUUAAAAAUCUUAAUCCUUCUAGUACUAAUAAGCUGCUGUAUGCUCCAUAGGAAGUUUAUUUUCUUUUUGAAUUUC